AUGAUGUUCAAGCCCCUCGUCGUCUUCACGGUGCUGGCCACUGUAGCCUCCGCCGCUGCCAUUCCUCCUCUGCUUGAGGACCACAAGGCCCCUGCCAAGUGUCCCAGUGACAGGCCUCUGUCCAAGCAUCCCAUGAAGGGCAACAGCACCGAUGCAUCGACACCCUUCGACUACCACCCUCGCGCUAAGAAGUGCAACCCUAUGGGCAAUCGACCAGGCAUCGACAACGGUAUCAUGAUGCCCGAGCCUGGCAUGACCAUCCAUGUCGGCAAGUGGUUCGACCUGCAGUUCUGCAGUACUGCAUACAAGGAGAGGAAGCUGGUCUCCUUCGAUGUACUGCUGGUCAACUCGACUCACCCUCGACUGCACCACAGGAAGGUCAGCUGGGCUAACAAGAAGCAGAAGCCUAUCAAGCAGAGGGCCUGGGCAGCACACUACGACAAGCUGGUCAUCAAUGAGACUGUUUACGACAUGACGACUAACAAGUAUUCCCACAACCUCGUUUCUCAGGAUAUCAAGACCAUCGACGACUAUGACGGUCCCAGGCCCGGCCACAUCCAGGAUCCUCCUCGACGAGCACUCAAGGCCAGGUCAGAGGACAACAUGAUGGGGCGCCGCGGUGAGCCUGACUUUGGUAUUACACCUGCCGACUUCCCUUGGAAGCUUCAGAAGCUCAAGGAACUCGAAGAGGAAGAGAAGAAGAAGCACUCCAAGCAGGGCCACGCCUCUUCGAAGAAAUCCCACAAGCACGACAAGGAUGGCAAGAAGGACGCUGAUAAGAAGUCCAAGGGCCACAAGGGCGACGACAAGAAGUCCAAGAGCCACAAGGACGAGGAUGUCAAGAUUGUAGGCGCACCUGACAUCCACUUCGGUACCCCUUGGCCCCUCCCAGUCGACCCUGCUCGCCGUUCGGAGUCGGACGCUGGCUUUGGUGACGACUUCGGAACCAUUGGCACCACCUACCCCGUACCUGAGGCUCGUGACGGUGGAGACGACUUUGGCGAGAUUGGCACCACCUAUCCCGUACCUGAGGCUCGUGACGGCGGCGACGACUUUGGUGUUAUUGGCACCUACUACCCCACCCAUGAGCCUCGUCGUGACGGCGGUGGCGACUUUGGCGAGAUUGGCACCACCUAUCCCGUACCUGAGCCUCAUCGUCCUCGUCGCGAUGGUGGUGGCGACUUUGGCGAGAUUGGCACCACCUAUCCCGCACCUGAGCCUCGUCGUGAUGGUGGUGGUGACUUUGGCGAGAUUGGCACCUACUACCCCGCGCCUGAGCCUCGUCGUGAUGGUGGUGGUGACUUUGGCGAGAUUGGCACCUACUACCCCGCGCCUGAGGCUCGCGAGGCUGACGAAGCUCAUGCCGGUGAUGACUUUGGCGUCAUUGGCACGUACUAUCCUACAAACGAGGCAUAA